UUCCCUCACUCUCCGAUCUCAGAUCUCUCUCUCUCUCAAUCUCCGUUCUCAGAUUCAACAACCACAUUUCGAAGAUGGAACCAGUCUCAUCAUGGGGAAACACCUCUCUCGUCAACGUAGAUCCAGAGAUCCACGACUUGAUCGAGAAAGAGAAGCGUCGGCAAUCUCGAGGAAUCGAACUCAUCGCCUCCGAGAAUUUCACUUCCUUCGCCGUCAUCGAAGCUCUCGGAAGUGCUUUGACCAACAAAUACUCUGAAGGUAUGCCUGGUAAUCGUUACUACGGAGGUAACGAGUUCAUCGAUCAGAUCGAGAAUCUUUGCCGUUCUCGCGCUCUCGAAGCUUUCCAUUGUGAUCCUGAGAAAUGGGGCGUUAAUGUUCAGCCUUACUCUGGAUCUCCGGCGAAUUUCGCCGCGUACACUGCUUUGCUCCAGCCUCAUGACCGUAUCAUGGGGCUUGAUCUGCCUUCAGGUGGUCAUUUGACUCAUGGUUAUUAUACAUCUGGUGGUAAGAAGAUCUCUGCGACUUCGAUCUACUUUGAGAGUCUUCCGUAUAAGGUGAAUUUCACCACUGGUUACAUUGAUUACGAGAAGCUUGAGGAGAAGGCGUUGGAUUUCAGGCCUAAGUUGCUCAUCUGUGGUGGUAGUGCGUAUCCUAGGGAUUGGGAUUACGCUAGAUUGAGAGCUAUUGCCGACAAGGUUGGAGCUCUUUUGCUCUGUGAUAUGGCUCACAUCAGUGGUCUCGUUGCUGCUCAGGAAGCUGCGAACCCGUUUGAGUACUGUGACGUUGUGACAACCACAACCCACAAGAGUUUGAGGGGGCCAAGGGCUGGUAUGAUCUUCUACAGGAAGGGUCCAAAACCAGCCAAGAAGGGUCAACCCGAGGGUGCAGUCUAUGACUUUGAGGACAAAAUCAACUUUGCUGUUUUCCCUGCACUUCAAGGAGGUCCCCACAAUCACCAGAUUGGUGCUCUAGCUGUUGCGUUGAAGCAGGCCAACACUCCUGGUUUCAAGGUGUAUGCAAAACAGGUGAAAGCCAAUGCUGUUGCCCUUGGAAACUUCUUGAUGAGCAAGGGAUACCAGAUUGUGACCAAUGGAACUGAGAACCAUCUUGUCCUCUGGGAUCUUCGUCCUCUUGGAUUGACCGGUAACAAGGUUGAGAAGCUUUGCGAUCUGUGCAGCAUUACAUUGAACAAAAAUGCAGUAUUUGGAGACAGUAGUGCUCUUGCCCCUGGAGGUGUAAGAAUUGGUACACCCGCUAUGACCUCAAGAGGAUUGGUGGAGAAGGACUUUGAGCAGAUUGGAGAAUUCCUGAGCCGUGCAGUGACACUGACGCUGGACAUCCAAAAGAAGUACGGUAAGUUGUUGAAGGACUUCAACAAAGGUUUGGUGGACAACAAAGAUCUCGAGCAGCUCAAGACCGACGUUGAGAAGUUCUCGGCCUCUUAUGAGAUGCCUGGAUUCCUCAUGUCUGAGAUGAAGUACAAGGAGUAGAUCUCUCUCUCUCUACUAUCUAAGAGUAAUCUUCUAUUACCACAAUAUAUAUAAAAUGCUUUUGUAGGAUCGCCUAAUUGGAAUUUUAAAGGCGAAAAGAUGAAUGAGACAAAAUAGUAAAAACCAAAAAAAAAAAGGUUUAUUUUGAGUUA